CACAGCCUGUUGGUUUUAUACCAGAGGGACCCACUACCCAAACGCAUGCUCAUGGCUGAUCUUUGGACCUUGCACAUACAGUAUGCAAUAAAACAGAGUUUGGAAGCUUUGUCACACAAACAAGUGGAAAAGAUAGCGGGAAAACAAGACGUCAAUUGGUAUCAUUCUCAGUAACAUACUGUGUGUAAAGAAAUCAAUGGGUUGUUUUUUUUGUAUAAUUGUGACCUACUUAAAACAACUACAUAGAAUAUAUUCCACAGUGAUGCAAAUCAAAACCAAAACCAUUUUGUUCCAUGCAGUGCUUUAAUAAUCCUUUCUUAGAAUUGUUUUUGAUUUGGUGAAAACGCCAUUCUGUCUGGAACAUGUGACGAGACCAAUGAUUCAAUUAUUCGGUUUGGAUUGAGAGAGUAGAUAGUUUGUGAUACUACAGAGAAAGGACAUUGGCAGGUUGUAGGUCGAGCACACAUUACUACUCAGUCGUGAUGUUGGCUGUCACGGAAGAUCAACUGUGAACCAAAAUCAAAUGAUUUCAUCAGCAGUUGGACAAAGUGUGGGAACAGGACUAUUUAUUAUUGAUUGAUGAAAGAAAAACAAGAACUUUCUGAUUUCCAUAAUGAUGGAUUUUGGACUCGGAGGCCUCAGGGGUGUAAAGGUUACGGAACCUGUCUGUACUAUCCCAAAAGGCAAACAAAUUUGCUGGCCUUGAGUAAAGUCCAAUGGGGAUCACACAGUGGCUGAGCAGAGGGGACUGAACCUGGCCUCAACCGAACCAACAAGAAAGACCGAACACUGCAGACUCGGAGCAUCACUCUCAGGCGGAGCUCGAGGCUGUGAUACCAUGGAUCUUUUCCAGAGCUGGGGGGUCGAGCUGGCGAUCCAUCUGCAGAGCAGAUACAGCAGCUACGAGGGCUUGUUUAAUCUGGCGUCCACAGUGGCCGAUCUGCACACCGCGUACUUCUGGCUGUUCCCAGUGUGGUUUCACCUGCGGAGGGACACGGCGCUCAGGCUCAUCUGGGUCGCUGUCAUCGGCGAUUGGCUCAACUUGGUGCUGAAAUGGGUUCUUUCUGGGGAGAGACCCUACUGGUGGGUUCAUGAGACACAGUUCUAUGGAGGAGGAUCAGUCCCUCCUCUGCAGCAGUUCCCCAUCACAUGUGAGACUGGACCAGGAAGUCCUUCAGGUCAUGCUAUGGGGGCAGCUGGCGUCUGGUUUGUGAUGAUAACAGCGCUACUCGCUAUUGCAAGAGAGAAUCGAUGCCCCCCUUUACUGUACAAAUUCCUGCAGAUCAGCCUGUGGAUGCUGUUUGGCCUGGUGGAGCUGGUGGUCUGCAUGUCAAGGGUCUACAUGGCUGCACACUUCCCACACCAGGUUGUUGCUGGAGUCAUUACAGGCAUUUCAGUAGCUGUGGUCGUCUCCAAGGAGAAACGAAUCUACAGCGCCAGCAUGAGAACAUACUUCUUCACCACUCUAUUCUUGACCUCCUUCGCCAUCGGCUUCUACCUCUUGCUCAAAUCUGUGGGUGUGGACCUGCUGUGGACCCUGGAGAAAGCCCAAAAGAGGUGCAUCAGGCCCGAGUGGGUCCACAUGGACAGCACGCCCUUUGCCAGCCUCCUGCGUAACAUGGGCACCCUGUUCGGUCUGGGCCUGGGCCUGCACUCACCAUUUCACGCAGGAACCAAGAAAACAAGUGCUGCUUUCAAGUUAGGAUGCAUUAUUUUGUCGUUGUUCCUGCUUCAGCUGUUAAAUACAUGGACAUUCUCCUCUGAAAACCACGGGACUUUCUAUACACUGUCCUUUGGAAAGAGUGUAGUUGCACUUUUAAUCCCAACCACUCUGGUGCCGUGGGCUCUCUGCAAAGUGUGCAACGGUGGGAAAGAAGAAAAGAACUUGUGAGAAGGUUUAGACGGCGUUCUGGACAUUAUCUCAGAUGUUAUUGUGUCAGGUCUGGAUUACGUCUGGAAUAUGUAUUCAGUGUUGCUCACCAGAAGUUAGAUGGUAAGAUGAAAACCACUUUAAUGUCUGCAUAUGCCAGAUACUUAACUCAGCUUUCCAUGUUGUAGUAGAAGGUAAAUAAAAGAGCCACUCGUGUUAAUAAAAAAUACCUUUUUAUCUAUUAUUAUGACCAUCUUGACUGAGAAAUGUGUUAUUUUUCACCUGGAGAUGUUUUUCUUGUUUGUUUGUAUGU